GUAAGUAAUGUCAGUGUAACAUAAAACAGCUACAUGUUGAGGUAUGUUUUGUAGCUGAGUAGUCAGAUAUCUUAAAAACAAGAACUCUAUAUAGAAAUUGUAUAGGGCUAUAGAAGCUGAGAUUAGGCCUAUGGGAACCCAAGGGAAUGGAAACUGUUCCACAGAACAUAAAUUGUCUGUGGCCCAGAACCAAUCAAGGGCAGCUUUUUUACAUGCACCCCUGAACCUCUAGCUUUAUUCCCCUUUCAGUAGUCAUUCCUGGGGACUUUUUAAUGCUCCCAAAGUGAUCCAUUUCUGUUGCUUUGUUUCCUUGUCCACUGUUUUACUCCAUCAGCAAUCAGUUUGCUCCGAGACAAAAAAAAAAAAAACAUAUUCCAUAUCAGAUGACAGUUUUUCUUAGACAGAACAUUAUGCCGAUUACGCUGUAUUUGCAUUAACUGAAUUUGCAUUUGGCUGGAACACCUACUCAGCUCAUCAGCACUACCUGAAAAAUAUAUGCUGCUGUCUACAGACACAAACUUCCUCACAGCAAUCAUGGACGAAAACACAUCCAUCAGUGAACACAAUUCUUCAUGUACGUACAAUGACACAGUGGAUGCCUACAUGUACCCAGCAGCCUACUCUCUCUUUUUCAUCUUUGGACUUGCAGGUAACUGUUUGUCAUUGUAUGUAGCAUGGAUAAUAAUGCGAAGGGGAAACAGCCUGGCAGUCUACUUGGUCAGUCUGUCCAUUUGUGACUUGUUAUAUACCCUUACCCUGCCUGUAUGGAUCAUGCUAGCUAUGCAGCAGACGGUGAACGAUACUCUCUGCAGCCUCAUCGCAGUGAUCAUGUACAACAGUUUCUAUGUGGGAUCAGGACUGCUCUGCUGUAUCUCUGUGGACCGCUACCUUGCUGUGGUCUUUCCUCUGUACUUUGCCAGACUGCAUGAGGUGCGAACAGCAGCCUUGGUGAGCAUAUUCGUGUGGCUCAUAGAGAUCUCUCUGCACAUCGGCCUCCUGGCACACAAAGAUGAACUGCGGCAAUUCUCUAUCAGUCGACUGUGUGAGGAGAAGAUACCUAUGGACUCAAAUAGAGCCCAUGUGGCUAUAAUUAGGGUGGUACUGUCGUUUCUUAUCCCUUUGUUCGUGAUGGCUUUCUGUUUUCACCAGAUAAUGGUGUCUCUCAGAAAAAGCGCAUCCACAGAGGCCAGCGAGCGUAACAAGAUCCGCAAGCUGCUGUGCAUUCUCUUGCUUGUAUAUGUGGUUUCGUUCACCCCCUUCCAGGUUGUCAUGUUUGUCAGGGGGGUGUGGGAGACUGAUAAAUGUGAUAUUGCCAAGCAACUAAGAAACGUCUACAUGGUGUUUGUUGCAACCACAACAAUUAAUAGUGUAUUAGAUCCAGUAGUGUAUUGUUUAAUGACUGAAAGUGCCAAGACAGAGAUUCGAAGUCUUUAUAUGAAGUGUCAGCAUCAGUUAAGUAAGACUUUUUCUGUACUGAGAUUAUCUUCCUCCUCUACUGCAUGAUAAUAAUGCAAUACUUUUAUAACUUUAUUGUCACUUUUUUAAAGACAUUCCUUUCCAAUAUAAAGUCUAUGGCUUUCUGAU